AUGGCUGAAACUGCUCGCUUCAUUGCCAUGAUCAGAGCUUCUGCUAGUCAGAACGCUAAUGUCGACAAGUCCAAAGACAGAGACCAAUCCUCCUAUCGUCCUAUACGUGAGGGGCCAGCUGCAGCACGCAAACCCACUUCCGCCCUCCUUCUAGGAGAGCUCAUUCACAGCAUAAAGAACGGUGCUCCUCUGCCGAACAAGCCCUUGAACACCGAAACCAAAGAAGGCCUCGACCGCAUCCUCGACCUCCUCAACAACAGCCUUCUCCAGACUCCGACUGCUACCCCUGUCACCCAUCUCUCCAAGCACAAAUCCACCUUUAAAGACAUCGACUGUGUCACCUCCACUCGCAAGCUCAACACUACCGAAAUCACAACCCCCCUCCACGCGACCACCAUGGCCAACCGCUUCCCUGCCCUCAGUACCUCGGACCUCCCGCGCGCCUCGGCAGAAGAGCAAUCGGCAACGGCCUCCCCCGCCCGCGGCACCGCCAUGCUCAACUCCAUUUUCAAAUCCGUGCGCGUCCCCGAAUUCCGCUUCAAGUGGCUCUUCUGGGCCGAAAAGGGGCAGGCCGGUGCUCCUGCCUCCAAAGCCGGGGCCGAGGACUUCGCCUCGCGGCCCAAACCCCUGGGCGACACCAUAAUCAGUGUCAAGGAGUUCUACCAACACUUCAACAACAUCCCAGUGGAGAACCUGAAGCUGAGGGACAGCAUACACCUGUUCCAUCUUGGAGUGAAGCCGGUGUGGGAGGAUCCGAGAAAUGUCAAGGGCGGGGCUUGGUAUUUCAAGGUGAGCAAGGAUGUUGCGAGCCAGUUCUGGCAUGAGAUGUGUUUGUUGGCUGUGGGAGAUAUUCUGCAGGGUGCGGUUGAGACUAAGAGGGUUUCGUUUAACGACGACAUCUGCGGCAUCUCAUACAGUGUCCGCUGGAACGCGGUGCAAAUUGCCGUCUGGAACCGCGAUGCGGACAACGAGGCAGGCAAGGAGAAGUUGCUGGCGGUGAUUUUGGAGAAGUUGUCAGAGGAGCUGAAGCCCAAGAAGGAGGACAAUUACUGGUACAAGGCUCACAGGGAGCACAAAGGCUUCAUUGAGCAGUAG